CCAUCAAGGUGCUUUUUUCAUGCCGUCUCCCGAAUAUUACGAGAUCUCAACUUCGAAUCCAAGGAUGAACAAAUAUUUAUGAAUAAAAUGGGCGAAUUCCAAGGCCGCGACUAUCCACGCUGCCGACUUGGCGGAAAGUGCAUGUGGCCUUCGGUCAGCCUAAUAGGUACCCGAGUCCGUAGCCCCUUUAGUCCACUCCGUUAGUCGGGGGUAAGUUUACACGGCUCCAUGUUGGCCAGACGGGAGAACGGCCUUCGCACCUCGUUGAGAUUUUACUAGUUUAAAAAGUAGCUUUUGACCUGUUUAGACAGUCAAUCGGUCGAAGUGCGCACAUCUGGACUGUUCAAUUUCGUGUUUCAACAGCUACCUACCUAAAUACCUAACUACUAUACCACAUAUUUCCGUACAGUUAUUUCGCAUAUUUCGAACAAUGCGGAACUGUAGUGUAUUGUUUGCUGCUCUCCUGACCGCCCCGUGGGCAGUAGCGCAAACCUUGCCUCCAUCCCCAACCGCAUCUGUCGGAUGCCACGCUCACGAAGAUCACUGGCAUUGCGAUGGACCAGCUUCAAGCACUGUCUCUGUGACCGCCUCUACCCAGAGUCUAGGGUCAAGCUCUACCACCACGUCUCCUAUCAGCUCAUCAACUAGCGAAGAACAUGAAGAAGGAACUGGAAGUCUGGCGCCUAGUCCUACGGAGUCAGUUGGCUGCGAGCCUCAUGGUGAUCACUGGCAUUGUGAUGGAGCUGUAGUCACUAGUAGUACGUCGGCCGUCCAGUCAACGGCAACCGCCGGUGUUGAGAAACUAGGAAUUGGCAAUGCCGCAAUGAUAGGGGGGUUAGUCGUAGCUGCGGGAAUGGGACUCUAGGUGCCAUGUAUU